AUGAUAGCGGCUCAGCUUCUGGCCUACUACUUCACCGAGUUGAAGGAUGAUCAACUCAAAAAGAUUGAUAAGUACCUGUACUCCAUGCGUUUCUCCGAUGAGACGCUGAAAGACAUCAUGAACAGGUUCCGCAGGGAAAUGGAGAACGGGCUCGACCGUGACACCAACCCCACUGCCACCGUAAAGAUGCUGCCCACCUUCGUCAGGUCCAUUCCUGAUGGAUCAGAAAAGGGCGACUUCAUCGCUCUGGACCUCGGAGGGUCAAACUUUCGGAUCCUGCGUGUCAAAGUGACACAGGAUAAGAAACAACCGGUUCAGAUGGAGAGCCAGGUCUAUGAGACCCCUGAUGACACCAUCCAUGGGACUGGGACACAGCUCUUUGACCAUGUUGCAGAAUGCCUCGGUGACUUCAUGGAGAAACAAAAAAUCAAGGAUAAAAAGCUUCCUGUGGGAUUUACAUUCUCCUUCCCGUGUGCCCAGACCAAACUGGAUGAGGCUGUCUUAAUAACCUGGACAAAGAAGUUUAAAGCCAGUGGUGUAGAAGGCAUGGAUGUUGUGAAGCUUCUAAACAAAGCUAUCAAGAAACGAGGGGACUAUCAAGCAGACAUCAUGGCAGUGGUGAAUGACACAGUUGGCACUAUGAUGACUUGUGGAUUUGAUGAUCAGCGUUGUGAAGUAGGAAUCAUUAUAGGAACGGGAACAAACGCCUGCUACAUGGAGGAACUCCGUCACAUUGACAUGGUGGAAGGAGAUGAAGGCCGGAUGUGCAUCAACACUGAAUGGGGUUCCUUUGGGGACGAUGGGUCCCUGGAGGACAUCCGCACAGAGUUUGACCGUGAGAUUGACAGAGGGUCCAUCAACCCAGGAAAGCAACUGUUUGAAAAGAUGGCCAGUGGCAUGUACAUGGGAGAGCUGGUACGACUCAUCCUGGUCAAGAUGGCCAAAGAGGGGCUGCUAUUUGAGGGACGGAUAACCCCUGAGCUCCUGACAAAAGGAAAGAUUGAGACUAAACAUGUCUCUGCAAUUGAAAAGACCAAGGAAGGGCUGAAGAAAUGUAUGGAAAUCCUGACGAGGCUCGGAGUGGAGCCUUCAGAAGAAGACUGUCUGGCUGUGCAGCAUGUGUGCACCAUCGUGUCCUUCCGCUCAGCUAAUCUAAUUUCUGCAACUCUGGGAGCCAUUCUGUGUCGCCUAAAAGACAAUAAAGGAGUUGUCCGGCUUCGUACCACUGUUGGCAUUGAUGGCUCUCUCUAUAAGAUGCACCCUCAAUACGCUCGCCGCCUGCACAAAACAGUUCGUCGCCUAGUCCCAGACUCAGAUGUCCGCUUCCUGCUGUCUGAAAGUGGGAGUGGAAAAGGAGCAGCCAUGGUGACAGCAGUGGCAUACCGUUUAACAGAGCAGGCUCGCCAAAUUCAGCAGACUUUGGCAGAAUUCCGGCUGAGCAAAAAUCAGCUGUUAGAAGUGAAGAAAAGGAUGAGGGUGGAGAUCGAAAGAGGCCUAAAGAAGGACACCCACAAGGAUGCUGCAGUCAAAAUGUUGCCCACCUUCGUUCGAAGUACACCAGACGGGACAGAAAAUGGUGAUUUCCUUGCUCUGGACCUUGGAGGAACAAACUUCCGUGUGCUCCUGGUGAAGAUUCGCAGUGGGAAGAGGCGAUCAGUGGAGAUGCAUAACAAAAUCUAUGCCAUUCCAAUAGAAGUCAUGCAGGGAACAGGGGAAGAGCUUUUCGAUCACAUCGUCCACUGCAUCUCUGAUUUCCUGGACUACAUGGGAAUGAAAAGUGCUCGACUGCCACUGGGUUUCACCUUCUCCUUCCCCUGCCAUCAGACCAGCCUGGAUGCUGGUAUCCUUGUAACAUGGACCAAAGGCUUCAAGGCCACAGACUGUGAGGGUGAAGAUGUAGUGGAGCUUCUUCGGGAAGCGAUCAAGAGGAAAGAGAUGGAGAAUCCAGAGUUUGAGCUGGAUGUGGUUGCCAUAGUCAAUGACACAGUGGGGACGAUGAUGACCUGUGCAUAUGAGGAACCCACCUGUGAGGUCGGACUGAUUGCAGGAACGGGCAGCAAUGCCUGCUACAUGGAAGAAAUGAAGAACAUUGAGAUAGUGCCGGGUAACGAGGGCCAGAUGUGUGUCAAUAUGGAGUGGGGGGCAUUUGGAGACAAUGGCUGUCUGGAUGACAUCAGGACGACGUAUGACCAGGCAGUGGAUGAGAACUCACUCAACGAAGGCAAACAAAGGUACGAGAAGAUGUGCAGUGGAAUGUACCUGGGUGAGAUCGUCAGGCAGAUUUUGAUUGAUCUGACCAAGCGUGGCUUCCUCUUCCGGGGACAAAUCUCAGAGACGCUUAAGACCAGGGGCAUCUUUGAAACAAAGUUUCUGUCGCAGAUAGAGAGCGAUCGUCUGGCCUUGCUGCAGGUCAGGGCGAUCCUGCAGCAGCUGGGGCUCGACAGCACCUGUGAUGACAGUAUUAUCGUCAAGGAGGUGUGUGGCACGGUGUCCCGCCGAGCAGCUCAGAUUUGCGGAGCUGGAAUGGCCGCUGUGGUGGACAAGAUCCGUGAGAACAGAGGACUGGACCACCUGGAUAUUACAGUGGGCGUGGACGGCACACUCUACAAGCUGCACCCACAUUUCUCUCCGAUCUUCCAACAAACAGUGAAGGAACUUGCCCCCAAAUGUGAUGUCAACUUCCUGCUGUCUGAGGACGGCAGUGGUAAGGGAGCUGCCCUCAUCACUGCUGUGGGCUGCCGCCAGAGGGAGCUGGAUGCCCAGCAACAUUGAGCAGCCCUGUCCCGUCUGUCCCCAAGAACUACCUGCUGCUCCACCACGACCUUCGCCCACCGCACAGCCUACAUCCGUCUCCCCCUUGGCAGCCGUGACUCCACCUGUGCCCGACCUGGUCCACCUACAGCCAGAGAGACAAAGUGCAUGCAGAGAAUUAAAACUGAAUAUCUAAAUAUUUAUUUAUACUGCACCAGAUGGUUUAUUAUUUCCAUGUUUGUACAUUUUCCUCAACAGCUUGUCAGUAACCUGAUAAAUCUAAACUCCUUAGGUGUGCAAUAUUUAUGUACUGCUAAUUUUAUUUUUAUAUGAAAGCAGAUAUAUAAUUGUAUUUGUAAAGCUCGGGCCACUUUAAAUCCCAGAGGUCAUUAGGAUUUUGCACCGUAAACACAAGCAAAUGUCUGCACUUUUUAUACGAAAGUUACAGCAGAAACAUUUCAAUGUAACUUCCCACACGAAGGACCUUCUUGACACUGAAUGAUGAAACUUGUUUCUACAGGCUCCUCUGGUUGAGAAAACCAGUUCUAAAAGGGCUCGUUCCAAAGCUUUGAAUGCAAGAGUCACGGCUGUUAAAAUGUCCCCAAUUUCAUGUGCUACAUGCUCACACAACGUGCUUGGCUACUAACCCCCCUUUUUGUGUAACUGUCAGUGUUAUUCACAUAUUCCGAUAUUCCUGCAUCACCAUACUUUAUUCUUCAAGAGUGGACAAGGUAGAAAAAGCUCAGAGAAGUGUUAGCCCAUCUUAUUGCUAUUCGUAAACUAUUAAACUUUCGGUGUUGUGAUGAAUACCAUUACUACUCAUUGUACGUGCAAAUAAUAAAUGUUUAUUGGGCCCCAAGAAGAGUGGACAUAAUGAGCGCUUUUGUGUGCAUUUGUAGCUGAGUGUCAGUGUGUCUUACUGUAUGACCUGUAGCUUUCAAUGUCCAAAGCUCUGUAGAGACUGCAUGCCUUGCAUCAAUACAAAGGAGGUUACCGGAUCAUUUUCUUUCUUUUUAUUUUUACAUCAAUAUAGAUUUGUGAUUGACACAGUACAAAGUGAAUUCAUUAAAUUAUAUUUUGUU